CUCGCUCUCGAAAUCGCAAUCGCCAAUCGGCCUUGACAGUUGACUGUUAAUCGGCUCUCGCUCUCGGCCUCUCGCUCUCUGCCUCUCUCGACAAUCGACUGUCUCUCGCUCGCCGACUGCCGUUGCCCGUUUGCCGUCCGUCUGCCGGUCUGCGAACUGCGACUAUCGCUCUCCGCCUCUCGCUCUCGGCCUUGACUCUUGAGCCCUUGACACUUGUGAGUUGGUCGAACCAACAGUUGCACCUAUUGAAGAACCAAACUGUCGCACCUGUCGAAGAAUCAAUUGCACCACCUGUUGAAUACACAGUGUUCGAUUCAAAGACAGUCUUCCUGUUCCACCAGUUUGAUCAGUAAGUAAGAAAGAAGAGAUGGCAGAGAGAAAGGUGUUGAAUAAGUAUUAUCCGCCGGAUUUUGAUCCGGCAAAAAUUCCAAGGAGGCGUAUGCCCAAGAAUCAACAAAUAAAAGUUAGAAUGAUGCUUCCGAUGAGCAUUCGCUGCAGCACAUGUGGAAACUACAUUUACAAGGGUACCAAGUUCAAUUCACGUAAGGAAGACGUUAUUGGAGAGACAUAUCUUGGGAUUCAAAUAUUCAGGUUCUAUUUUAAGUGCACCAAGUGCUCAGCUGAGAUUACCAUGAAGACAGACCCACAAAACUCUGAUUAUGUUGUUGAGUCUGGAGCUGCGAGAAAUUUUGAGCCUUGGCGUGCAGAGGAUGAGGUGGUAGACGAGGAGCAACGGAAACGAGAUGCUGAAGAGAUGGGAGAUGCAAUGAAGUCCUUGGAGAAUAGAACUCUUGAUUCAAAAAGAGAGAUGGACAUCCUUUCUGCGCUGGAUGAAAUGAAGUCCAUGAAGUCAAGGCAUGCAAGUGUAAGCGUAGAUGCAAUGCUUGAAGCCUUGCAGCGAUCAGCUCCGGUACAGGAGGACAAGCUUGAAGAAGAGGAUGAAGCCCUUAUAAAAUCCAUCUUCCAAGGAUCAAAAGAGAUUAUCCAUAGAAUUGAUGAUGAUGAGCUUGAAGAUGACGAUGCACAAGUUAGUUCUAAGAAGCAGAAAGUUACUGAAGAUCGUCCGACAGAUUACUUGACGAAAACCAGUACCAUUAAGAGAGAAGAUGAAAAGGGUGGUGGAAGGAUUGGUCUCAAGUCUUCAACUGUUAAGUUCUCUGUGGUGAAGAAGGCAUCAUCAGAUGGUGGUAAUGGUAAAACAGAAGCAAAUGAGCAAGAGAAGCCCAAAAUUACAACUAGUAGUGGGCUACAAUCUUUAUGCCAACAGUAUGAUACUACUGAUGAUGAAGAAGAGUAAUCUUUCAUAUAUUUUUAACUGGUAACCGGUUGUUCCAGUUUUUUUUUUCAUUUAUUUAUGUUGAUGAUUGUUUAGAGUAGAGAUAGAGAGGGUUAUUGUAAUAUUAUUGUAUGAUGAAAAUGAUGACUUACUGAUUGAAUGCAUUUUCCAGUAUAAUUAAAUGCAUUGAA